UCGGCACGCGCUUGGGGGGACUGCCGCCAGAAUGGGGCUUCUCCUGUGUCCCGAUCGGGGGGCGCACCCGGAAGAAGGUCGGGCUGACAAGCAUACUGGGGGAGUGGGAGGACGGCGAUCCUACAAGUUUUUGUCCUUACAUCACAGACACACCGGGGAGCGAAGAGAGCACAUGUGCGGGCUACGCUUGUCCUACCGCUAUUCCAGUUUGGUCCAGGGUACGAGGAGGACACGUACCAGGUCGGGACGCCUGGCGACACUCGCGUGGGGGCUCCACGAAGGGCAGAAGUGGAAGGAGCGCGCGGACUUUCAACAAGAAGUGCUGAAUGUCUGCGACACUAUGAUGCUUCAGCAUGCUGCACUGGGCCUGUCGGAGAUCAGCGCUUCAGCGGUGGUGCCUUGCUUGUCCCCUCCAGUGUCACUUGGCUUCGAGGACUUUGCCAACCUUACACCUCUAGUAAAAGAAGAGCUCAGAUCUGCCAUCCAGAACAAGCGGCUGUUUAGUGGAAUGAGCUCCAUGAUGGAAAGCGUGACGGUGAGCAACGAGGUGACGCGAGACCUGCCACCUGCAAAGAAAGAGGCUACGUUUGAGGAACUGGAGAGGAGGAAAAGACGAAGAGAACGGAAUAAAAUAGCUGCGGCCAAAUGCCGGAAUAAAAAGAAGGAGAGGACAGACAGCUUACAAAAGGAAUCGGAAAAAUUAGAAUCCAUCAACGCCGAGCUGAAAGCUCAGAUCGAGGAACUCAAGACGGAAAAGCAGCAGCUAAUCUACAUGCUGAACCUCCAUCGACCAACAUGCAUCGUGCGAGCACAAAAUGGCAGGACCCCCGAUGACGAGCGCAACCUGUUCCUUCAGCAGAUUGGCGAGGGUGCUUUGCAAGGCUAGGAAGUGCACUGGGGGUCAUACCGAUGAGACUGUGAAAAGCCAGAGAAUCGCUCUGUCGCUCGAAGAAACUUGACACUUUAGGCAGGAGAGCUUGCACUUUAUACACAACAAAGUCCUCGUCCCUUCUUGGAAAUGACUACUGUGAGCAGACACGCGAGGAAGAGACCCUGCGGGAGCUCCAUGCGCACCUCGGUGUUACGUUUUGUCUGCAGGCGCUGUGUGAAGGAAAUGGUCAAGUAAUCCAAAGCUUGUGUUCAUUUAAUUACCUACUUACCAAAUGCCAUAUGUGUCGAAUGGAAGAGUUGGGAAUUGAAUAGUGUUGCCACUGUUGGCCAAAAACGCACUUUGAACUGCACAACAUGCGUCGUAUGAUUAUCAUUAUUAUAUUAUUUUUCUGCUGGUUGGAAAGAUGUACCUUAAUCCACAAUGUGACUGUCCUGUGUACCCCCCCCUCUGCACUAUAUAGGUAGAGUCGUUUUCCAUUUCCUCGCUUCUUACUAACCACAAUUUAAAAGGCUUUUUGGCUCAGUCUUGUUCUCUGAACUAUUUAUUUUUUAACUUGGGAAUGCGUCUUCAUCUCUUAAGUUGAUCAUCAGUGUCCAGGUGAUUAAAUAAUCGACCACUGAUCUCAUGAAUGCAACACUUUGUCAUUGUUUUUUGUAGGCUGAAGGAACUGAUGGCUUAGGGGUACCUGUGUGUGUGUGUGAGUUGGUGGGCACCUUUUUGUCCCAUCACUGAAGGAGAGAGCAGACCAGAUGUCACGAAAUGAAAAUGUUGAGAACUUUUAUAGCGAGAGCAUGGACUGUAAAAUGAGGAAAGCGAGAUGAAGGGUGGCCUUGUAGUCUAAGCAUGGACUGGACUGGAAGCGUGGGCUUCAUAAUGCCACUGUAGUGUAGACAUUAUUCUGUACAGUAGUUCGAAUCUUGUACUUGCUGCUCUCCUUUGUCAACGCUGGAAGUAUAUUGGGCUUGGUGGACAGUCGUUCAAAAUGUGUUUCAAAUUCUCUAAUCCAUUAGUUUAAAUCGCCCCCCCCAUCACCUGAGUUGUCUUAUCAGUUCUACCCCCUUUUUCCUUUUCUAAAUAUAAUCGAUUUGAUUGGCAUAGGCUAUAAUUCAAAGAGGUGACAAUAUCUGGUGCAUAUUGAUGCCACCAGACCAUGUGAAAUAAACUAAGCCAUGAGCGAUCACACUUUGGUGUUAGGUGGUCUGUAGAAUGAGAUUCCACAAAGCUAUGACUCUUGAGUCGGAUACUGUCCGUCCUACACUCGUAACUUAGAGGUAAUGGCGCAGGCGUCAUGCUUGUUUUAAGCUUUGAUUCAUUUACAUUCUUCAUAUCGGCAUGCAACAUCGGAGCACGCUCGAUAAGAAUGGAAGCUUCACGUCAUAUGUCUUUACUGUUGUGGUAUUCAGAAACGAUAAGCUUGUAGUAGUAGAAUUCUGUGCUCCCAAUGUCCAACAUGAUUGAAGAAGAUGUUGAUGACAAUUUCCAGAAGCCAAAUUUUAUGACUACUGUAUUCAGGUAAAAUGUCCAGGUCCACUCAAAUGCAUUAAACCAUUUGUACACACUAUGUAUGUAAACUGUUUUUGAUACUUUAAUAAAAAAUAAAUGAAA